AUGGCACCGAUCGAAACAGCACCACGGCCUAAAGUGGUACGGGGAGACCUCAAUCCCCAGAUAGCGCCCCUUUUAACAGAAUUCCAAGCUCCGAAGCAGAAAAAAUCCUCCAAGAGACCUCACAAACGCAGAAGGGGUAAGACUUUGAUCACAAGGGCAGUCGACAAACUCACUGCCGUUCUCAACGAGCCACAGUCCACGAAUAUUGAAAAAGCCGAAGCCUGUUUCAAGGUCACGCAUGCAAAGAUAAAAGCAUACGAACAGGAAGAAGAGGGCAGGGGAAGAUGGAAUGCCGCCGCUGCAAGGAAACUCGAGGCUCGACUUGGCAAGACCUUUCAUGAGGACAAAAUGAAUGAAUAUCUUGCCGCUGCGGGAGAAGAGCGUAAAGGGGCGUCUGAGAUUUACUGUGGAGUUCCUAACCAGCCAGAAUUCUAUCGGACGCAAUAUUUGAAGAUAGAGGAAUACUGGCAUCAAUACCCUGCAGGCAAUUUGGAUGCAUUUAUUGUUUACAAGUAUGAUAUGCCAGGUGGUUCUAUCAGAUUUACGUUGGAAGAUGGAACUCAAGUUAAGACUGGACUUUUAGAUGAUUUUCAUUUUUAUAAUAGAUGGGGAAUUCAGAUAGUUUAG